GCCCAAUGUUGCAGGUCCUAACUAAUGUGUCUUUCUUUACAUGUACAACUUUCUCAAGUCAAGUCUACUAGUAUUCCUCAUCACAUGGACGGCCAUGCUCUCCAGCCCACUUUCAGUACCUCUAAAUAAUCACUAGUAGUACCAAUGCAGCCAAGGAACAUGUUGUCUUAUCCCAUGGACAACCUUUUUCAUGAUCCCAAUUAAAGACUUUCAAGAGUCCUCCUCUGGUUGCAUGGCUCUGUCCAAAAAGACAGAGAUCAGCCUGAAAAGGGAGUAAGGGAGUCAUUGGGUUUCCUAUCGACUCGAAUCGACUCGACUCGAUUAUUCCAUUCGAUAUAUUCGAUCGAAUUGACGCCGAAAAGAUCCAAAGAUCCGCAUCCCCCGCAAGAGCCUCGCUCUCCCGUCCAACAGCACAGCAGGGAGCGAGAAGAGACCCAGAACCAACCUUUCCAUCAUCCAUAGCUAGCUAGAGCUACCGUGACAACCAUGUCCGCCUCCAUGCCCAAGAAGAAGCGACAAAAGCUCCAAGUCAAUCUAUCGGAUGACGACGAGGAGGAGGAAGAAGAAGAGGACAAGAAAGAAGAAUUUUCUCCCGACGAGGACGAAGAGGAAGAAGCGGCUGGACCCGUGGUGCAAAAGAAUGAUCAAGGAGAAGCGUACUUUGAACUCUCUUCCAACAAGCGAUGUACGGUUCGCACCUUCAAGGGAAAAGUUCUGGUGGAUAUCCGUGAGUUUUACGAGAAGGGUGGCAAGCAAUUGCCUGGCAAGAAAGGCAUCAGUUUGAAUCUGGAUCAGUUCGAGGCAUUGGCUGAGGCGAUCAAGGGGGGGCUAAUUGAAAAGGAAAUCAAAAAGAUUGAGAAAUAAAGAGAGGAAUUGACUCCUUGGCAUCAAUCAAACAAACAAUCAGCAAACAACUAAGAAAAGCACAC